AUGAGUGUGAAAGCUCUUGGGAUAGCUUUGAAGCUCACCUUUUCCGGAACGAACCAACUCAUAUAUCCACAGACAUGGGCUUUUACUAUGGUUGUCAUCUCAUGCAUCAUUACUCAAAUGAAUUACUUGAACAAGGCCCUUGACACAUUUAAUACAGCAGUUGUAUCUCCCAUAUAUUAUACAAUGUUCACAUCUUUAACCAUCUUGGCUAGUGUGAUUAUGUUCAAGGACUGGGACCGGCAAAAUCCUACGCAAAUUGUGACAGAGAUGUGUGGCUUCGUCACCAUCUUCUCGGGGACAUUUCUACUUCACAAAACAAAGGACAUGGCUGAUGGGCUAUCAAACUCUUCUUCAUUCCAACUUCCGACCAUUUCAUCGGCGCGGUCCUUCAAGCAGACAGAUGAGUACAGCGAAGGGGUUCCUCUCAGAUCGUCGGACUCGUUCCGGUCACUGCAUUGAUGCCCGGUCAGCGCGCCGUGCUGACCAUCGAUUUUCACCGAGUUAGGGCUCAGGAGCAAGCUUGUAAACAAAACUGUCUCGUGUGCGUUGUAUCUCGGCUGUUUCGUAUGUUGUGGGAGCAUUGUGGCUGAGCCCCAAGGUAUCUAAGUAGUAGGUUGUUAGCUUAGCACCGGAGUGGAAGUUGUUCUGUAUAAUGAAUGGAUGGGUUAUCAUGCAGGGUGCUGAAAAUUUUAUCCUUGCUGUUGAGAUGGUUU